GGGGCACUGUCGUUCGCAGUUUAACGCUGACAGCGUCAUACUGAUUACUUGCGACCUCACAUAUGUGACAGCUAAUCUGGCUAUUCCAUUCUACGAUCUCUUUCGUAGCUUGUCAGUAUGUUCGACAAUCUGCCUUUCUUCAGAAAAGAGCAGCGACAACUUCCGCCUAUUGUUCCCAGUGAUGAAGUUGUCCCUGUCCAUCUGUUCGACGAUUCUGCUGCAACGAGAGGAAUAAUUCUGGUCGCCACCUUCAAGUUCGCGGAAGUCUUGGAUCCUGCUAAGCUGAAUGAUGCCUUGUCAGAGCUUUUCCAGAUGCCAGGAUGGCGAAAAUUAAGUGGAAGAUUCAGGUAUCGAGAUGAUGGUGGGCUGGAAAUACACGUUCCAAAUCCACCCACGAAGGAGCGUCCGGCUGUUCAAUUCAGCAGAGAAGACCACGAGUUUCCCAUGUCGGAACAUCCUCUGGCUUCAAGACUACCUCAACCGACUGGCAAGAUUGAAACUUAUCCAGGCCCCAAGGAGUUCUGCUCUCUGGGACAAGGGCCCUACUCGCCUCGGAAUCUAGAUGACUAUGUCUACUCUGGUACACCCCAGUUUUGCUUGCAUGUACAGAAAUUCACAGAUGGUACUCUUGUGUCUCUUACACUCACUCAUAUAUCAACCGAUCUCGUCGGUCUGGCCUGCAUUAUCGAAGCAUGGAGUCUUGUCCUGGCUGGAAAGUCAGAAGCUGUGGUUCCAAUGGCGGGAUACCGCGAAGACCCAUUCGACGGGAUGGUGAACCCAGCACCAAAAGAACGUCACGUUUUGCAAGACAGGAUCAUCGAUGGCUGGCGCUUCAAUUACUGGGGACUGAGAAGCCUAUUUGAAGCAUGGCGCUGCCCUGACAUAGAAUCACGAACUCUCUGUAUCCCCAAGAACGUCAUGGCAGCGUUGAUGAAAGAAGCCCGAGGCCACAUAGAAGAUGAUAUUGCUGCUGCUCCUUCAGGACACAAGCCUUUCAUUAGCGAAGGAGAUGUUUUGACAGCUGUGGCUUGCAGGAUUCUGGCUCAAUAUCAAGGACCUGGAUCAAGUCGUGAGAUGGCAACCAUCAUGGCCCUCGACCCUCGCGGCCGCGUCAAGUCUGUAUUUCGUCAAGAUACAGCAUAUGUCCAAAACUCGCCCACAAACAUAUACUUCUUCUGUCAUGCUGAUAAAGCUGUCGAAAUGCCCGUAGGCCAAUUAGCACUAGCGGUGCGUAAUGCGAUUGCAGCUCAGACCACGGAGGAACAGCUAAAGGCAGCGGCAUAUCUGUCCGCGAAAUCCAUCAAAGCAAGUCAGAUGCCUGUCAUAUUCGGCGACAAAGAUAUGGCCACGCAAUUUAUGUCCAAUUGGACGAAGGGUCACCUUUUGGACAAGAUGGACUUCGCUCCGGCGGUGGUAAAAGACGCAGCUCCUGAGCUAUCGAGCAAACCUGGACACCCAAUCUAUUACCAAGCUUCUGAUCCGUCUCACAGCACGGUUUCGGUUAUUUCAAGUGUUUUUGUUGUUGUGGGGAAAGAUUAUGAAGAGAAUACUUGGUUCUCCAUUUCCGUUCCAGGAAAGAUGUGGUCCGAUUUAUUGGAGUUCUUGAAUAGAUUCGCUUGAGAACAUGAAUGAGAAAGAGCUUGAUAUGAGGAUGUUGUUGCCGGCAAUGACUGAGACGAGAGAAAUAAAAUGCGAUUUUACUGCCUUAACCUGCGUUUCUAUUCAGAAUAUAA